CUUACGCACCUUCUUAUCCCUUCCCCACACAUCCCCUUCUUCCCCUGCACACAACAACAACCAAACCUAGAAGCUCAAUCAUAGUCAUCGUCGUCGCCGAUGCGAAGUCCGCCGCCGGAGAUCUUCUUCCCUUAUUCUUCUCUUGUUCUCUCUUCCCCUAUUAUAUUUUGUUGCAGAUGCUCUACUUCUUCUUUGAUUGGUAAAAAAAUGCCAACGUCAGCUCUGAAAAUGCCAUCAAAAUGUCAUUCUUAUUCUACAAAAAAAUUGUAUUUUUCUUUCAAAAUGCCAUUAAGACGACAUUCUCGAAUCAUUUUGGCAUUCGCGCUGGCAACGACUAGAUCUACAACGACAGAGGCCAUAUUUGCAGUUGCAGUUGCCGGAUUAGCUGUGACGGUGGCCGGAUCUGCAAAGACAGCGGUUGGCGGCCGGCGGCGGUCUGGGGUUUGUCGUCAGUUGUGCCAAGUUUCAGGGGCUUAUCUGUCCAACUAUAAAUAAUAACUCCCAUUUGAGGAAAUUUUAAACUUACUCCUAGUUUAGCUAUUAAAGAUGAUUUACUCUGCAUUUGGUGUAGCUAAUACGGAUUACGGAUCCAAGUCAUCCAAUCACCGAUCCAAAUUACAUACACAAGUUGACAUUUGACAAACGACCGGCCUCCCCAUCUCAGGCCUCCUCCUCCAUCACCACCGCCACGCUUUACUGUAAGAGCUUAUCUCCAUCGACUAUUAUCUCAGCCCGCCCUCCGCGCCUGUAUAACCAUCGGUUCAAGCUCGAAGUUACUGGAAGUAAAAGAACAUUGAAAUUGGAACAGUAGGACAGAAACACUAUGGAAAGUCUGACCAAUGAAAAUGCUGAAAAAACUUCUCAAGAAAAUCGGGUUACUUCCACCUAUGAAGUUGCUAUGGAAAAACUUUCAUCUCUCAUUACCCAGAAAAAGCGGGAUGGUACAUCACCAAUCAGUGACCUUGAGAAACGGGACAGGAUGUUGAAGUAUAUUGAGAUUUUGGGCUUGGAAAAGCACAUAGGUGAUCUUAAAAUUAUACAUGUUGCUGGAACCAAAGGAAAGGGUUCGACUUGUGCAUUCUGUGAUGCAAUUUUGCGGGAGUGUGGCUUCAGAACCGGUCUUUUUACUUCUCCUCACUUAAUUGAUGUGAGAGAGCGAUUUCGUCUUGAUGGGCUGGACAUAUCAGAGGAAAAGUUUCUGCAGUAUUUUUGGGAGUGUUGGAACCAACUGAAAGAUAACAUUAUGGAAGGCUUACCUAUGCCCCUUCUAUUCCAGUUCUUUACUCUAUUGGCUUUCAAAAUUUUUGCAUCAGAGAAGGUUGAUGUUGCUAUCAUUGAAGUUGGAAUUGGAGGAACCUUUGACUCAACAAAUGUGAUAAAAAACCCUGUUGUUUGUGGCAUUACUUCUCUGGGAAUGGAUCAUUUGGAAAUAUUGGGACAUACUCUAGGCAUGAUUGCUUCUCAGAAAGCAGGCAUUCUCAAGCCUCAAGUUCCUGCUUUCACAGUACCUCAACCUCAGGAAGCAAUGGAAGUUCUUUAUGACAGAGCAAAUAAAUUGAUGGUUCCACUGAAAGUAGUCGCUCCGCUUGACCGUAAGAAGAUGUUAAAAGAUGGAAAGCUGAGCUUGUCAGGUGAUCACCAGUUCACAAAUGCUGCCCUCGCCAUAUCAAUUUGUAAAAGCUGGUUAAAAACUACCAGAUUGUGGCAGCCUAAAAAUGCUGACUGGGAAGAGACUUUGCCCGACGCUUUUGUCACUGGCCUUUCAAGAGCACAUCUUUCAGGUAGAGCUCAGAUUGUUCAUGAUGACUCUAUAAUAAGUACAUCUGGAAUAAAUGAAAGUUACCUUGGAGGUUUAAUAUUCUACUUGGAUGGAGCUCACAGUCCUGAGAGUAUGGAAGCCUGUGCCAGAUGGUUUUCUACUGCUGUGUUAGAAAAUAAAAACUUAUCCCUUUCAUCUUCCUGCUUUAAAAAUCAAACUCCAAAAAGAGUUGGGGUUGAUGGUUGCAUUCCACCUGGUGACAGUCAAGAAUCCUUCAAAACAUCAAAGAUUCUUCUGUUUAAUUGUAUGGAUGUACGAGAUCCACAAAUUCUUCUUUCACGAUUGGUCAAUACAUGUGCUUCAUCAGGGACUCACUUUUCAAAAGCUAUUUUCGUACCAAGUAUGUCCGCAUAUGACAAGGUUACUUCUGGGACCUCUAGUAUUCCGUCAAACCUUCCUCAAAAAGAUCUGUCAUGGCAAUUCAAUCUUCAAAGAGUAUGGGGAAGUAUUCAUUGUGAAAAAGAUGUUCAUGUUCUUGACCAUAACCCGCAUAUGGCUACCUCUGGAAAUGUGCCACUGUGCAAAUUUCUUUUUGAGGAUGCUUCCUCUUGCAGUGAAGGAGAUGGAAAUGGUAUUGGUAGUAGUGCUGUAUUUCCUUCACUACCAUCUGCAAUACAUUGGUUGAGGAAUUGUGUCAAGGAAAACCCUUCUUCUAGGACUCAGGUUCUUGUCACAGGUUCGUUACAUCUGGUUGGAGAUGUAUUGAGGCUAUUAAGGAAGUGAAGUAAAAGUAACAAGAAUUCUUUACACAAUGGGGAAGUAAAUAAUUGUUGCAAAACGUAUACGUACAUGAUGUGCAGCUCAUACUACAGCAUGUAUUUUGCUGUUAAGUUAAAGCAUCUUGGCCAUUUUAUAGAUUAAAUAAAUGAAUUGCAAAUUUAAUGAUAGACAUUCCUAUGUGGUAUGCAGUCUUGGUAUAGGGCUGCUGCCAUGUCUCUAUUUACAUGUACCAAAAAGUGUCCUUAAUUACUCGAGUUUGGGUUAUACAAAAGUUCUUCCAAUUUUGGUUAGAUAAAUUAUACUUCGGUACUUAAUGUUUGGAC